AUGACUCUCCUGCCAUCGCCGCUCGCUCAGUCCACAUUGGGCGAGAAGGCCGCAUUCUAUUUGGACCACGUCACUGACAACCUGCCCGAUUUCUUUCAAUCCUUCCGUCCUCAAUUGGCCCCGUGGCUCACAUAUUCGGCCACGCACCUUCGCUCGGUCGCGCAGGCGCUGCCAUUCGACGCUGACGAACAAACAACUGCCCUCUGCGCGGCUUUACUUAUCUGUGUGCUGACUAUAGCCGCGAUGAGUUGGAGCAACCCCCUUUCCAGUUUCUGGCGCCGGUCUGCCCCGCAGGUCAACGAUGCGGAUUACAGCUAUAUCACCCCAGGAGACAUCGUGGAUCCCCCAUCUAACAAACCCUCCCGAGUCGCCAACCAGACUCGAUACGAUGCAAACGUCGAUCCUAACGAGCCGGAUACUAUUGCUCUCCGCCACCGUGGCACGAUCUACCCCUUACGGUUCCGCGCGUACUCCAUCAACGACGGGGUCUUAACUGUGGGCGCGCUGCGCGAGGAGGCUGCGCGACAGACUGGCGCACCCAACCCGAAUCAAGUCCGAUUACUUUACAAGGGAAACCUUCUGAAGGACGACCAACGUCCCUGCAAGGCGGAGGGACUUAAGCAGCACUCUGAGGUGCUCUGCGUGGUCUCUGAAGUUGGCGCUACCACCCCCGGUGAACUGUCAGACUCAGGUGAUCACCGUCGACCCGGGUCCUCAUCCUCCCGAGUCGAGCUCGAUGACGAAGAGGUUGUUAGCUCGACCUCCGAGAAGAACAAGAAGAAGAAUAAGAAGAAGCGAAACAAGAAGAAGGCUGCGCAGCAGGAAUCACCUCAACCUUUGCCUACUUCUACCCCCUCUUCCUCCAACCCACCUCUGCCCCCCAAUCUUAAGCUUCUGGUUUCCGCACAGGAGCAGGUUGCAGCUUUAACCAAAUACCUUCAACGUGUUUUAAUCCCCAUGUGUGAUGAAUAUUUGGCUCAUCCGCCGGCCGAUGCUAAGAAGCGGGAUUUUGAAUAUCGUAAACUGAGCGAGACUAUUUUGGCUCAGAUCAUGCUGAAAGCGGAUGGAAUCGAACCUGAUGGAAAUGUCGAUGUGCGCAAUGCCCGCAAGGCGUUGAUCAAAGAAGCGCAGAGUGCAUUGAAUCAACUGGAUCAGGUGAGCCGCGAAUAA